AUGAACAGAAGAGAAGCAGCAGGCAAAGGUUUUGACAAGGCAGGAAGGAUUUCGAAUUGCUUCAAGGAUAGAGAUGAGGAGCUUUCCUUUUUCCGCGAGCUUAAGAAACGCGAAAAAGAUCAAUUUGGUAGCCUUCUUCACCCUAUUUCUGAUGACUUUGAAGCAAAUGGAAGCUUUGGGCUGAGCAGAAUGAAUUCGGGAGGAAGAAAAGGGGCAGAAUUUCUUGGCGAGACUGGCAAAAAUGACUACAACUGGCUGAAAACGCCUCCCGCGACGCCUCUGUUUCCAUCACUUGAGAUGGACACAAAUGCCCAAGAACUAGUCGUUCAGAGGGAGAUACCAAUCAUCCAACCUGUUUCAAGGUUUGCAGGAAAAUCUUAUAGCAACAUACAUACAUCACCUAUGCCGAAACCCAAACUUCCCCAACGGCACAUCGGGAGGCCGAGUAUCGACAAGAGAAACAUGAAAGGCGCUCCUCUGGUGACCCCAAAACCAAAUAAAAUCAAGUCAACCUUCCCAAAAAACUUUCCUAAUUCACACUCGAGUGCCAGGUCAUCAAUCACCGGAGUCUCGAAUGAGACCCCACCUAACUUGAGGACCUCAUCCGCUACUCGAGGAAGGCCGGCAUAUCAAAAUCUGCCGGCCCCACAAAAGCAGGACCCGAAGAUUAUGAGGAGACAGUCGUGCUCUCCGAGGGGGCGAAAGUUGGAGAGCAAUGCAGGGCCAGGCAAUCUUGAGAGUGGUGGUGGAAAUCGAGUGCAAGUUGUGGGCAGCAGGAUGGUGGACAAGUUCAUGAAUGCGAGAAUGUCGAAUGACUCCAAAAUCAAAUUGAAUGGAUCAAUGAAUGAGAGCUCGAGGAGUUGUAAUGGUGAAGAGAGACAGCCUAAGAUUAAGCUCAAUGCUUCCUUGAAUGAGACCUCUGGCUUUGGAAGGUUGAUUCAACGAGACUCGAGUAAUGGCCGUAAAAUCGGCAUGGUUCCUGGAAGAAAGUCUUGAGAUGGAUGGAUGAAGACAUAUGUAUGUUUUGUAAGAGGGAUAAAUUAAUGCUAGCUUGAAUUUAGAUGGCUUUGAAAGAAAAGAUAUGAGACGUGUGCAUUAAUAUGUAUAAAUAGUUACAUUGCAUAUGUAAUUUGUUCAAUACGCAUA